AUGCGUGUGUCUCCCUUUCCGAUCCUUUUGAUUGCCACCGCGGUGCUGGUCGCCGCCACGCACAGGACGGCGGCGGCGAUGCCCCUGAGGUACAUGGUAGAAACGGUGUCCGGGGUCACGGGCACGAUUGGGGCCGUCGACGGUGGCCCCGGGACCUCGCUGCUGACGUGGCCCUGGGCGCUCUGCCAGGGCCGCAGCGAGGACGAGAUACUGAUUGGUGUGCCGGGGUUCUUCCGCAACUACUCCCGCAGCACGCGUAUGACGGGCACACUCCUCGGCAACGGCACAGCCGCGGAGGUGGACGGGUCGUGGGCAAAAGCACGCAUUGACAUCCCGCAGGGGUGUGUGCUCAGCGUGCGAAAUAACAACACGAUUGUGUACUUUGUGGAGGGCCAAAAUACGCUGCGCUACUUCACCAGCAACAGUGUCCUCAGCCUUGCGCUAACUACCGGUGUCUCCUUCACCGACGUGGCGGUCUACGGUGAUCGGCUGUACAUAACGGAGCAAACCCAGAACAAGGUGUGGAGCUGCAAUCUUGAGGCGGACGGAACUCCCUCGCAUUGUGCGCCGCAGACAGGCUUUGUGUGUGGCUACCCCAGGUACAACAGCAUCGCCGUCACCGCGCUGGGCGUCUUCGUCGCCAGUGGCUCCGGCGUGGGCGUCUGCCACUUUGAUGGCCAAGGCACCGCGCUUUUCCAGCUUCCCGGGAAAUACAUCGAUGUCUUCAGCUUGCCCUCCGGCGCGCUCUACGCGGCGUCCUCCGUGCAGCUCUACCACCUCCUGCCCAACGCCUCCGCCAUGACGGCGGAGGUGUUUGCGGGCAACGCCUCCGCCACGUGCCCCCCCGCCGUGGACGGCUACAGCUUCACGCUCUGCCUGAACAAGCGCCUCUUCGUGGUGGCCGAGAAUGAAAUGUACCUGGCGACCGGCCUGAACACGGUGCGGGCGGUGACGCUGCCGCCCGCGAUUGUCCCGGCGCAGCUGCCGCCCCCGCCACUCCCGCUGGGCUACCCCGACGCGCCGACCGUCAUGCCCGCGAUCGUCGCACUCAUAAACGUGGCACUCAACGCAAACCUGGGCACCACCGGCACCUACGCGCCUCAAAGCGCCAUGCAGGUGAACAACGCCACGUGGACCACCGGCUUCGAAGUGAUGGUGCAACAGGCAGAUUUUGAUAACACCACCACGCCUGGGUUGGUGGCCGCCACGGACUUUGCGGCGGUGAUGCAGGCGGUGGCGACGUACUACGACACGAUAGACGAGGCGCUCUACAUGGACACGAGCAUCGUGCCCUAUUGCAAUGCCGCCUUGAUGAAUAUCGUGGAGCAUGGGUUGGUUGCCGUGGUGCGGCGCGCCCUGGCGUAUCCGCUGAUCUACGCCAACCCACCAAUGAAGGUCAUGUUCAAAGACGUUGCGAACGUCACCCGGAUGAAGCUGCUUAUGCCGGUGCCAUUCGGCAACAGCACCACCUACGACGCCUUGGAGAACCUGAACGCGAAUGCGGCCCUACUGGACAUUCUCCGUGCGCAGUACGGUAGCACAAACGUGGUGCAACUCGUGUUUCCCGUUUCUCAAUAUGACUUCUCGAAGAUAACGCCGGCGCAGGAUACGCAGGUGCGGUGGUUCAUUCUAAACAUGGUGAAUGCACGACUGGAAACGUGCAAAUCGAUCACGCCUCCUGGGAUCAGGGCCGCUGUUGCUGCUGUUGCUGCUGAGCGGAGUGGCGGGAAUGACCCCUGCGGGGCCGUCAUCAGCAACCGCACCGAGACCGUGGUCACGCACCCGCCCUUCAACGUGCAGAACGAGUACGAGGUGUUCGUGCCGCAGCAGUACAACUUCAAUGUGACACGCUGCCUGCAGGGCAUCGACUGGGAACCGCUGGCGGAACUGCUCCGCAACCAAACGGCAAACGCGUCGCGAGGCAAGUCGGCGUGCGACCGCGGCUGCAUCAUUGGCGUGGCGGUCGUGGCGGCGGUGGUGCUGACGGCGCUCAUUGUGCUGGUGGUGGUCCUCACCUCAAAGCGGAAGCGGUUGGCAACCGUCGUGGCGCCCGUGCAGCCGAAGUUCAAGAGCACGCUCGACGACGACGAGGAGCUGGAGACGAGCAACCCGCUAGAGGCCAACAAUGAGGAGCAGGCGCGGGAGCGAUACUAA